UCGGCCAUGUUCGCAGGGCUGCAGGACCUGGGCGUGGCCAACGGUGAGGACCUGAAGGAGACGCUGACCAACUGCACUGAGCCGCUCAAGGCCAUCGAGCAGUUCCAGACGGAGAACGGUGUCCUGCUGCCGUCCUUGCAGUCCGCCCUGCCCUUCCUGGACCUGCACGGGACCCCGCGGCUGGAGUUCCACCAGUCAGUGUUCGACGAGCUUCGGGACAAGCUGCUGGAGAGAGUGUCCGCCAUUGCGUCCGAGGGGAAGGCGGAGGAAAGGUACAAGAAGUUGGAAGACCUGCUGGAGAAGAGCUUCCCUCUGGUGAAGGUCCCGUCCCUGCAGCCCGUGGUCAUGUGUGUGAUGAAGCACCUGCCCAAGGUUCCUGAGAAGAAGCUGAAGCUGGUGAUGGCCGACAAGGAGCUGUACCGAGCCUGUGCCGUGGAGGUGAAGCGGCAAAUCUGGCAGGACAACCAGGCCCUGUUCGGGGACGAGGUGUCCCCACUGCUGAAGCAGUACAUCCUGGAGAAGGAGGCCGCGCUCUUCAGCACCGAGCUCUCCGUCCUGCACAACUUCUUCAGCCCCUCCCCCAAGACCCGGCGCCAGGGCGAGGUGGUGCAGAAGCUGACACAGAUGGUGGGGAAGAACGUGAAGCUGUAUGACAUGGUGCUGCAGUUCCUCCGGACGCUGUUCCUGCGAACACGCAACGUGCACUACUGCACACUGCGGGCUGAGCUGCUCAUGUCCCUGCACGACCUGGACGUCAGUGACAUCUGCACCGUGGACCCCUGCCACAAGUUCACCUGGUGCCUGGACGCCUGCAUCCGGGAGCGGUUCGUGGACAGCAAGCGGGCGCGGGAGCUGCAGGGCUUUUUGGAUGGAGUGAAGAAGGGGCAGGAGCAAGUCCUGGGGGACCUGUCCAUGAUCCUGUGCGACCCCUUUGCUAUCAAUACGCUCUCCCUCAGCACCGUCAGGCACCUGCAGGAGCUGGUGAGCCAGGAGACGCUGCCUAGGGACAGCCCUGACCUCCUGCUGCUGCUCAGGCUGCUGUCGCUGGGACAGGGUGCCUGGGACAUGAUCGACAGCCAGGUCUUCAGGGAGCCCAAGAUGGAGGUGGAGCUCGUCACUAGGUUCCUGCCGACACUCAUGUCCUUUGUGGUGGAUGACCACACCUUCAAUGUGGACCAGAAGCUUCCUGCUGAGGAGAGAGCCCCAGUCACCUACCCAAACACGCUUCCAGAAACUUUCACCAAGUUUCUGUUGGAACAACGCAUGGCCUGUGAGGUGGGGCUGUACUACGUGCUGCACAUGACCAAGCAGAGGAACAGGAGUGCGCUGCUACGGCUGCUGCCUAGCCUGCUGGAGACCUUCGGGGACCUGGCGUUCGGGGACAUCUUCCUGCACCUGCUUACUGGGAACCUGGCGCUGCUGGCGGAUGAGUUUGCGACGGAGGACUUCUGCACCAGCUUGUUCGACAGCUUCCUGCUCAUAGCCGCGUCAAGGAAGGAGAACGUGCACCGGCACGUGCUGCGGCUGCUGAUCCACCUGCACCACCGCGUGGCCCCGGCCAGGCUGGAGGCACUGCAGCGGGCCCUGGAGCCCACGGGCCAGAGCGGAGAGGCUGUAAAGGAGCUGUACGUGCAGCUCGGCCAGAAGCUGGAGCAGCUGGACCACCGCAAGCCUAGCCCGGCCCCAGGGGCUGAAACGCCUGCCUUGGAGCUGCCCCUGCCCCCUGUACCCGCCCCAGCUGUGCAGUGAGGCCUCCCGAUGUGCUC